ACAAAUAAAAAGAAUUAUUCACAAACUGUCAGCACAUUUUCUCUUGCAAAAUCAAUAAAUUUUGGGUUAAAUCACGUCAGAUUUCAGUUCGGAUUUUGCGCUUUAAGACAUUGAUUGAAAUUAAAAUUGAUGUGAAUUCUUUAAAUGUAACAUGAAACACUCCAAAUUAACAUCACUAAUUUUUAUUUUAUAUUAUACUGCAGUGUAUAAAUGUGAUAUUUCUUGUGCUAAAUUUCACAAUUUACAAGAAUCUACAUCAAUAAGGUCCAACUAUCCCAAUACAUACCAUGACUAUACAGACUACAAAAUACGUUCUGAAAGGCAAUUAAAAGAAACUGAUUUGAAUAAUUUCAUUAAACAAAAUCGUAAUUCACGUGGUGUAAAAGGAUCUAGUCAACACCUUAGACUUGGUGAUGCUCAUCAAGUUGCAAACUAUUUUCUCACAGGAGGGCCUCUAAAAGGUCAUGCUCAUUUUUUAAAAGAAAGAAACUGUGAUGAAAAUAAUGAUGAUGAUAAUACUGAAGAAGCAAAUAAUCCGACUAUUGAGACUAAUAAUUUACCUAUAAAUGAUCAAAAUUCAAAUACAACUUCAUCUGAUUUUAUUGUUGGAGCUGUGCAUAUUCCUCCAGCAUUACCACAUAUUCCUCCAGCAUUACCACAUAUUCCUCCAGCAUUACCACAUAUUCCUCCAGCAUUACCACAUAUUCCUCCAACAUUACCACAUAUUCCUCCAGCAUUACCACAUAUUCCUCCAGCAUUACCACAUAUUACUCCAGCAUUACCACAUAUUCCUCUAGCAUCACCACAUAUUCCUCCAGUAUUACCACAUAUUCCUCCAUUACCACACAUUCCUUUAUUACCUAUUUCUUCACAAUUGAAUUCCAUUAUACAUCCGGCUUUAAAUACAAUAAGUAAAGUACCACAUUUGCUAGGAAAUAAUUUAUUACAAUCUCUGUUGCAUCCUAAUUUACAUCCACAUAUUAAUGCGUUACAUAAUAUUCCUAACACUUUGAUACAAACAGCUAGUGUACCAAUGCAUGGUAUAAUGAAUGCCAGGUCAGAAUUCCACAAAUUGUUACAUUCGAACGAAUCAUUUCUUGGAGGUAUAAAUAAAGCAAUAGAAAACAGGAAAGCAAAAAAAAAUCUUAAGAAUAAUUUAAUGUAUCCAAUUGGACAAUCGCCUAUUGUAGGAUUGGCUCCUACAAAUUUCAACAAUGUUCCACUAUCAAGCAUAAUUGAACCACAUCUUCCUGUAUUACCUUCUCCCCCUAAUGGCUAUAUAGUGCAUUAUGUACCUCAUAAUAAGCAAACAGCAUCAAAUUUUCCAGUUGUGGGUUCACCACAGCAACCUUCUACUUAUAAAGGUAGUGAUUCGAAUGUUCAAGAAGAUUUUACAAAUCCCUCCAAUAAUGAAAAUGGAAAUGUGAAUGAAAGCAAACAUUCAACAUGA